GCUGGGCGGGGAGUUCUACACGGCGCUGAACUCCUACAUCUUCAUCGCGCUCUGGAGGAAAGUCCUCAGCGACGGCGUCUUCCGGUCGCACGACUGGACGGUCAAGGCCGACGCCGACUCCGUGUUCUUCCCGCAGAGGUACCAGAAGAUUGGCGAUUCCACCGCGGUCGCGCUGCCCUCGGACACGGCACUGCCCCCCCGGAGGGCCCUGUUCUCCGUGAGCGGCGCGGGCCUUGCUGCCCAGGAGGCCGCCCUGGCCAUCACUGGGCCCGGCACCAGCGCGAAGGAUCUCGCCGAUGGAGCGUUCGACGAGGGUUCCAUCUGGAACUUGGACGCCGAGGAGGCGGUCGAGAGGAUCUACGGCAAAGACUGGAUGCGCGUCCACGGCAUCAGCAUCAGCAGCGACACCUUCUGCCCUGGCCUCGAGGAAGGGUGGAUGAUCUGCACGCUGUGCCACAGGAAGCUCGCCGGCUUCGGCACCGUGCUCAUGCACUUCGAGUCGAGGAACCACCGCAAGAUGCUGGCCUGGCGCGGCGAGGAGACGGCCCAGGCCACGGCGCGCCGGCGCACCACCUCGCCCCCGCCGCAGCCAGUGGACCCCUCGGCCUACGCGCCGCCGGCGCACUACUCAGCGGCGGCCGCGGUCCCGGUCGUGAGGGCCUUGGCGAAUGCGCCCACGGCAGAGGGGCCCUGCGAGAUAGAAGAGCGCACCAAGCGAGGGGUCUUCCCAGACUGGAUCGAGCUGCGGGAUGGCGUGGAGUUCUGCAAGCUCUGCUGGGUGAACGCGCAGGAGUCCCACCUGUGGUCUGCCAAGCAUCAGCAGCGGGUCCAGUGGCACAAGACGGGGAGCCUGGACGGCUUCCCAGCCACGGCGUACGGUCCGGGAGCUCCGCCGCCGCCGCAGGUGAGUUCUCCGUGGCCUCCCCCGAGCACCUGCGGCCUGGACCUGUGGGCCUCUGGGCCGGCGCCGCCGAUCCCGCCGGAGUGGGGGGACGCGUCGCUCUUCGAGUGGAAGCCGGAGAGGGGCGCCUACUGGUGCCGCCUCUGCUGGAAGCAGGUGGACGACAGCCACAUUCGUGGCAACAUGCACCGGAGCCGGGCGGCACGCCCCGAGGACUACCUGGGCGGCGACGGGAUCGAGACGGCGAAGCCUGGCUUCGGGCAGCCGCCGCCCCCCCCGGGCCACCAGCAGGGCAACCCCUGGGCGUACCCGCCGCCGCCUCCCCCGGCGGCUCGCCCGGAGGACUUGCAGGCAAGGGCGCUGACGGACGCGGACGACGCGGCCGCAGACGCGGCGCUCGGGGCCAGGCUUGCCAGGCUGCCCCCGGGCUGGCGGUGCGAGUGGAGCCAGGACGUCGGCAAGCUGUAUUACUACCAGGUGGACAUCGAGACGGGACGGCCUCUUCCAACCGUGACGACGUGGGAGCCACCGCCCGUGGCGGCGCAGCGGCCACCGCCCCCGCCGCCGACGGCGGCCCCGCCUCCCGCGCCGCCCCCCCCGCCGCAAGAGUCGGACGAUGUCGCGAAGCAGGCCGCGCUGCGGGCCGCGCUGUUCGGCGCGGAGGCCGCCGCCAGCGCCCGCGAGGCCGGCGGGGGCGAG